AUGUUCCGCAUAGCAUCAUCACAUCUGCGGGCAUCUCGAGCAACAUACUACAGACCAACACGACUCUUCCAUAGCUCUUCGCGACUGUGGAGUGAUGAGAAGCUCCGGGUGUUGUUCUGCGGCGCCGAUCGCUUCAGCGUAAGGCAUCUGGAAGCUUUGCAUCAUGAUUCCCAAUUGCCGGACAGCAACAUCGGCAACAUCACUGUUGUCACGAGAACAGACAAGCGGACAGGUCGCGGUCUGAAGCAAAUUACUUCUCCUCCGGUGAAAGGCGAAGCGCUCAAGCUUGGCCUGCAGUUGUAUCAAAUCGACACCUUCAAGGGCUGGAGUCCUCCACCCACCGAUCUCAUUAUUGCGGUCUCUUUUGGCCUGCUCGUACCAGAACGGAUCUUGAGUGCUAGCACAUAUGGCGGCAUCAAUGUCCACCCUUCACUUCUUCCCGAUCUACGAGGAGCUGCCCCCGUGCAUUGGGCAAUUAUGCUAGGGCGAAAGCAUACUGGCGUCACGAUUCAGAGUCUACAUCCCACCAAGUUUGAUGAAGGUGUUAUUCUGGACCAGACUCCCGCUCCUGGCAUUCCUGUCAAUCACAAAUGGGGCGGUCUCAACGACACCCUCGCCGGCUUUGGUGCCGACAUGUUGGUCAACGCAGUAAGAAAUCGUCUGUAUAUGCCACCUUACAAACCUUUACCGCCUCGAAACUUCGACGAGGUUGCAUUGGCACCCAAGAUCGCCUCGGAACAUCGACGAGUCGACUUCAACACUUUAUCAGCCGAUGACAUUCUCCGCAGAAGGGAUGCUUUAAUGAAGCUAUAUGCAUUUGCGCGAAACAGAAACAUGGCUCCAGUUCGACUCAUUCUAGGUCCCGAAAUCAGUGAGCUUUCGCAGGACGACGCCGAAAUACACGCCAUCUGCAAAUGGCAGCCGAUAGGUCAGCCUUUCGCCAUCCGGACUCACGAUGGCGAGGUCCUUGACGGCGGCUCGAUCCUGGUUAACACUGUUGAUGGGAAAACACUUUCUAUUAGGAAGAUGACUGUCGAAGGCCACCCUCCUAUGAAUGCUUACGCUGCUGCACGCUCGGCGAAUUUGAUGAUGCCGUUCCGACAGGCUCCAGGCUUCCACGCUUAUCUUGCGUCCUGGUUCUACGCACCUCUAUCCACCGAAGAGAAACCUUCAGAUGGCUAG